GGCGCACGUGACGGGUCUGGGGAGGGCAGUUUUCAUUCUCCCCUCCCCCUUCCAGAAACCCCCGCCUUCUCCUCACAGGCCGAGGCUUUCGAUUGCGCCACCACCAGAGUGACCCCCAGGUCAGCCAAUCGAGACGCGGCACCUCAAGUAAGGCCCGCCCCCUGGUGGUCCUCAGGUUCCUUCCCGCUCACACCGGAGUCACUUCCGAAGAGAGAACCGCCAUGAAGAGAGUAGGGGGUGCCGCCCACCUCUGCACCGACAGCCUCCCCGAGUCCCAGCAGCAAGACGGCAACCACGCACCCAGCUUCUCCAGCCACAGCUCAUGCCGCCGUCGUCAGCGGCGCCGACAUGACAAGGCGCUGCAUGCCCGCUAGGCCAGGUUUCCCCUCAUCCCCAGCCCCGGGGUCGUCGCCCCCGCGCUGCCAUCUGAGACCCGGUAGUACCGCCCCUGCUGCAGCGGGAAAAAGAACAGAGAGUCCUGGGGACAGGAAACAGUCAAUCAUAGAUUUCUUCAAGCCAGCUUCAAAACCAGACAAACAUAUGUUGGAUUCUCCACAAAAAUCAAACAUCAAAUAUGGAGGAAAUGGAGUAUCCAUCAGUGGGACAGAGCAAUUUGAAAGGAAAUUAUCUUCACCAAAAAAACCUAAACCCAAAAGAAUGUCAUCAGAAGAAAGUCCUAUUUUAGAAGCUUUCAUGAAAGGUGGUAAAGAGCACCACAAAGAUCAUGGUGUACAUGAGUCACGGCGGCCUUGUAUGUCAGUAGGCUCUAAAUAUUUACUCAAAGGAUCAGGUAUCUAUGCUCCUUCUUCUUAUCGAUUGCCCAAAGAGAUGAAGACACGGAAGAAAAAACACCGGUCUCCAGAGAGAAGGAAGUCACUGUUCAUUCAUGAAAGUAACAGAGAGAAGAAUGACAGAGAUCGAGGCAAGACUAGUGAAGACUCCAGAAAGCAGGCCCCAGCGACAGAAGGUGAUAUCUUCAAGAACAGCUCCAGAAGUGUUAGUAGCAGAAGCAGCCUAUCCCGGCACCACCCAGGAGAAAGCCCACUGGGAGCUAGGUUCAAGUUGUCAUUAGCUUCUUACUGCCGAGAACGAGAACAGAAGAAGUUGAGAAAGGAACAAAUGGAGCAGAGAAUCAACUCGGAAAAUUCUUUCUCAGAAACAAGCAAUCUUUCCUUAAAAUCCUCUAGUGUAGGGAAAAAAUGUAAACCAAGGCAUGAACACAGUAAACAGAAUGAUGCUAUCCCUGGAAAGAGUAAUCUUUCAAAUCUGGAAAAUGGACAUCUCUCAAGAAAAAGAUCGUCUUCAGACUCAUGGGAACUUUCAGGCUCUAAGCAGAAUAAACUCUCGGAGAAAAGAAAAAGGAACUCUGUGGACUCUGAUCUGAAAAGCACAAAAGAAUCUAUCAUACCAAAAGCAAAAGAGUCCUUCCUAGAGAAGCGUCCAGACACAUCACAUCAGAGAGAAAAGUUUAUAAGACACAUUGCACUGAAGACACCAGGUGGCGUUCUGCGCUUGGAAGAUAUAGCCAAGGAACCUGAUGAUGAAACAGAUCGUUCUUCUGCAGACUUGGCACCUUCAAAUUCUGGCCACCAUUCUUCCAGGAAUAGUGACCAAGUCCACGCAGCAAGUACCAAAGAGACUAAAACACAGAAGCCCCACUUCCCUUUACCUCAGGAAAAAUCUGCAAUUAAAAGAGCCAGCAACCUUCAGAAAAGUAAAACGGCUGGCUCUGUGACAUCAAAGGAGACGAAACUACCUUUGCUUUCCCAUGUUCCAAGUGCUGUUUCCUCUCGAGUACCGUUAAAUGCUAAAAAUUGCACUCUUCCAGUUCCUAAAAAAGAUAAAGAGCGUUCCUCCUCUAAAGAACGUUCUGGGCAUUCUGCAGAAUCCUCCAAACACAAGGAACACAAAGCAAAGACUAUUAAGGCUGUUUCUAAUGAAUCUUCAGGGAAAAGUUCGGGGGGAUCUUUGCAUUCAGAGCACAGCCCUCCUACAGAGUCUCCCCCAGCUGCCUUGGAAGUUGUGCCGCGUGUCCCAAGCCCUGCAGCACCUUCAGAUAAAGAGAGUUCAGGAAAUUCCAAUGCAGGUAGCAGUGCACUGAAAAGGAAAUUCAGGGGUGAUUUUGAUAGUGAUGAAGAAAGUUUAGGUUACAACUUAGAGAGUGAUGAGGAAGAGGAAACAUUAAAAUCACUGGAAGAAAUAAUGGCUUUGAACUUCAACCAGACUUCUACAGCUUCAGGAAAGCCUCCUGCCUUUUCCAAGGGGCUUAGAUCCCAGUCAUCAGACUACAUAGAAUAUGCUCAGAGUGGAACUUAUACAAAUACUUUAGAGCGUCUUGUAAAGGAGAUGGAAGACACACAAAGGCUAGAUGAGCUACAGAAGCAGUUACAGGAAGACAUACGACAAGGCCGAGGCAUUAAAUCUCCUAUCAGAACUGGUGACCAGGACAGUACAGAUGAUGAGGAUGGCCUCUUGGAAGAACACAGAGAAUUUCUAAAGAAGUUUUCAGUUACAAUUGAUGCUAUUCCUGAUCAUCAUCCAGGUGAAGAAAUAUUUAAUUUCCUCAAUUCUGGAAAAAUUUUCAAUCAAUAUACCUUAGAUUUAAGAGACUCUGGUUUUAUCGGAGAAAGUGCUGUGGAAAAGCUUAUUCUCAAAUCAGGAAAAACAGAUCAGAUUUUUUUGACAACACAAGGCUUCCUUACCUCUGCAUAUCACUACGUCCAGUGUCCUGUACCUGUGUUAAAGUGGCUGUUUCGGAUGAUGUCAGUUCACACAAAUUGUAUUGUGUCUGUACAAAUUUUAAGUACAUUGAUGGAAAUAACCAUUAGAAAUGAUACUUUCAGUGACUCACCAGUUUGGCCCUGGAUCCCAUCACUGUCCGAUAUAGCAGCUGUGUUUUUAAACAUGGGUGUUGGUUUUGGAUCUUUGUUUCCUCUGGAGACCCUUCAGCCAGACUUUAAUGAAGACAAUCUAAUUUUGGAAACACAGAAAACACUAGGGGGAAGAGGAAGCGAAGAUUCAUCUUGUAAUCCCGUUUUUUCAACUCUUCCUGAGACCAACAUUUUAAAUGUAGUUAAGUUCCUGGGCUUGUGUACAUCUAUACAUCCAGAAGGUUACCAAGAUCGAGAAAUAAUGUUGCUGAUUUUAAUGCUAUUUAAAAUGAGUUUGGAAAAAGAGCUGAAACAGAUUCCAUUAGUAGACUUUCAAAGCCUCCUGAUAAAUCUCAUGAAAAACAUCAGAGAUUGGAACACAAAGGUACAUGAACUCUGUGUGGGCAUAAAUGAACUCUCUAGUCAUCCCCACAACCUUCUGUGGUUGGUACAGCUGGUCCCUAACUGGACAUCUCGUGGAAGGCAACUGAGGCAGUGCCUCAGUCUAGUGAUUAUUUCAAAGCUUUUGGAUGAAAAACACGAAGAUAUCCCUAAUGCCAAUAAUCUUCAGAUCUCAGUCCUACAUCGCUAUCUAGUGCAGAUGAAGCCUUCUGAUUUGUUGAAGAAAAUGGUCUUGAAGAAAAGGGCUGAACAACCAAAUGGAACUAUUGAUGACAGUCUUCAUUUAGAACUUGAAAAGCAGGCAUAUUACCUGACCUACGUUCUUCUUCAUUUAGUUGGAGAAGUUAGUUGUUCUCAUUCUUUUUCUUCUGGACAACGGAAACACUUCGUGCUGCUUUGUGGGGCUUUGGAAAAGCAUGUUAAGUGUGAUAUUAGGGAAGACGCAAGGCUUUUCUACAGAACUAAAGUGAAAGACUUGGUUGCCAGAAUACAUGGAAAAUGGCAGGAAAUAAUCCAGAACUGUCGGCCUACUCAGGGGCAGCUUCAUGACUUCUGGGUGCCAGAUUCUUAACAGGAGUUACAGCAGCAGAAAUACAAAGCAAGAAGGGCCUUUCCAAGAGGGUUACUAUGGAUCCAGCAGAUGCUAAGGAACACAGCUGUGUGCCACUCGAAUAUGCAGUGUGGGGCUGGUGAUGAAGACUGCCGUUUCUGAAGCAGAUAUGAAAUGCCAUCUGCAGCUGACCUUAGAGGAAAGAAAGGGGCUUAUAAAAGAAGGGUAGGGUAGACACAGCUGAUAGAAGACCCCAGCCUGCUCUCCUUAGCACCUCUUGUUUUCAGCUGUUAUCUUGUUAGGUGGCUUCAUAGCACCUGGAUCAUCACAGCAAAUAAGAAGGAUAAGUGUGGACCAACUUGAGGAUUUGGACAUUGAAACAAAGGCCAAGGUCCAGCUGGUUUUCAUUUCCCUCUUGGUUAUUUUAGGAUACAAAGGGAAAGUCUAGAAUAGAGUUCUGUAAUCAGAAGUGAAGUGUGGGUCUUUUCUGUAACUCCCUAAACCAGACAGUUUCAGUCCAUACAUUGUCCCUUUACUAUUCAAGACUAUAAAUCUGAGGUUUUUAAAUAUAUUUAAAGUCAAAUAAGAAACAGACAUACUGUCAGAUUGCCCUUAGAGGAAGAGAUAAAGCUACAAAGUAGUGGCUGUUUUUAAAAUGCCAGAACAUUCAUAGGCAGUUUGUUUAGGAUUUCUUGUAAAUGCAUAUAUUUUUAAAAUACUGAUUCAAUCAUAAAAUCUUAGCUUAGCCAGAAUUCUGGCCAUUGGUAACUAUAUUACAGAAGUCUCUGUAUAAAGGCUUAAAAAUCUGGAAGUUUCCAAAAACCUUGUUCCCACAGUAUAUAAUUUAUCAGAGACCUUGAUGAUGUUUAUUUUGGGGACACUGUGUGUAUGUAUGUGUGUGUGUGUGUGUGUGUGUGUGUGUGUGUUUGCUCGAGUGUUUAUAUCUUGAAGUUGUUGCACUUGAAAACCACAGCUGCUCUAAAUUCUUUUAAACACUGGAAAGCCAUCCUUUAGUUUAGAUGGUAGAGGGUUAGCAGAGGUGCACCGCUAGAUUGAGCCCGAGGCCCUCGGAAACCUUUGGUGUUAACACUCCUGCUGACCAUUGUCUGUCUGGAGAGGGUUUGCUUCCUGAAAGGGAUGCUUAUUCUGUGAAAAUUGGCUUGAGUGGCUUGCUCCCUCCUGAGCAUGCUACUGUCUGUGUGGGUCCAGGUGGGGGUGGAAGAGGAGCUGGGCUCAAUGGUUAUGGUUUGAGAGGAGAAAAUAAGUUCUGAGAGCUAACUUUCUACCUCUAAAUUGAGGCUUAGGAAUAAAAACCAUUUUAUCUUAAAUUUAUCAUUUAAAAUAACAUUAGUAACUUGAGCUCAUGUCAAGCAUUGGGCAGUUAGAGAUUUUAUAGGGAAGACUAAACAAAUCAAAUUUAUAAGAACUGAGGCUGAUUGAGGCUCCAAGAGUCAGACCAACAAAAGUUUUCUUCUGUGUUGAGUUUACCGGUAAGAAUAGUAUAUUGAUGCUACCUCUCAAGGGUAUUAUUACAAAAUGCCACUAUGGUUACAGAGAUAGAUACAAAGAGUUAUAUUUGACAGAAGCUUGAAACUCUGGCAUCUAUCUGCCCAACAAUGGGGGCUUUCACUCUGUAAUUUAAUACCUUGUAGAUACAUUAUUUGUGUGUAAUUUUAUAAGUGUUCAUAUUUUUCUCAUUUUGCAUUGUGUAAAGUGUACAAAAUCUCAAAGUAUAAAAUCUGCUUAUAUUGCUUGUAAUUACAGUGUGUAAAUAUUUUCUAUUGUGUACAUUGACGGGGACAAGUGGGUUAUUCAGGUUUUUAAGUGACCCUUUUAUAUUGCAGUUUCAACUGAUAACCACCCAUCAAAUUUAAAACCACUUUGAUACAUUCUUAUUUAGCAGUUCCAAUAAGAGUAAAAUCUCUAUUUUCAAUCGUCUUUCUCCAUGAGAGAAAAUACUUUAUCCUUCCCUUUAAAAUGAAUGGCCAGAUAUCAGUUUCGGCCCGUGUAUUUAUGACUCUGGUAACAGUCUUCAGUCUCCAGGUCAUAGUCCAGUCAGUAUUUGCAUUUGGGUUCUCAUAGAAACUUUGUGAUUCUAUUUUAGCGCAGUAUCUCAUGAUUUUUCUCCCAAAUCAAGUAUUUCCAUCUCCUUCCGAGUCCCCAUGCUUUAUCUCCCUCCCUCCGGCUUUGUUGCCCAGAAAAUGGGAUGGUGGAGAGGGAGAAAAUGCUCCUUGCACAAAGACUGUCAGGCCACAUUUAGGACUUGGCAAACAAAGCUUGCACUGAGUGGUGGUGUGUUUGGCAAUCUUACUGUGCCAAAAAUCACCUUGUCUAAUUUUCUGGAUGUGUAUGUCAAACUUAUUACCCUUACUGCAAGCUGAAAAUUAAAGUACUUGUGUUUAUG